AAAUUCAAAUACAGACAAAGCACACACUCCGUUUCUCUCUUUCUCAAUGGACUCCGCUUCUCGCUCCGCCGUCAUCAUCAUCGGCGCCGGCGUAUCCGGUAUAUCGGCGGCGAAGGCUUUGGCCGAGAACGGAAUUGCGGAUUUGCUGAUUCUGGAAGCGUCCGAUAGGAUUGGCGGUAGAAUCAGGAAAGAAAGUUUCGGAGGCGUGUCAGUGGAGCUCGGAGCGGGUUGGAUCGCCGGUGUAGGCGGUAAAUCGUCAAAUCCCGUUUGGGAGAUCGCGGCUAAAUUUGGCCUCCGAACAUGCUUCUCCGACUACAGUAAUGCUCGCUAUAACAUCUAUGAUCAGAGCGGGAAGAUAUUUCCGAGUGGAAUCGCCGCUGACUCGUACAAAAAAGCGGUGGACUCGGCGCUACAGAGACUGAGGGACCUUGAGUCAAAUUGUGUCGAGGAGACUAUUCCCAAUGGAGCCGAGUCACCUUUAACACCGAAGACACCGAUAGAGCUCGCAAUUGACUUCAUAUUACACGAUUUCGAGAUGGCAGAGGUGGAACCAAUAUCAACAUACGCAGAUUUUGGGGAAAGAGAAUUUUUGGUGGCAGAUGAUAGGGGUUAUGAUUAUUUACUGUAUAAAAUGGCUGAGGAUUUUCUAUUUACAUCGGAGGGGGAAAUCCUGGAUAAUCGCCUUAAACUAAACAAGGUUGUCAGGGAAUUACAGCACUCGAGGAACGGCGUUACGGUGAAAACAGAGGAUGGUUGCGUUUACGAAGCCAACUACGUCAUUUUGUCCGCUAGCAUUGGUGUUCUCCAAAGCGACCUCAUUUGCUUCAGGCCUCCCUUGCCGUACAGGUGGAAAACAGAGGCCAUUGAGAAAUGUGAUGUGAUGGUAUACACUAAGAUCUUCCUCAAGUUCCCGUAUAAGUUCUGGCCAUGUGGACCUGACAAAGAGUUCUUCAUCUAUGCUCACGACCGUAGAGGCUAUUACACGUUUUGGCAGCACAUGGAGAAUGCAUACCCCGGUUCGAGUAUCUUGGUGGUAACAUUAACCAAUGGUGAAUCAAAACGUGUGGAAGCUCAAUCCGAUGAAGAUACAUUAAAAGAAGCCAUGGGUGUGCUGAGGGACAUGUUUGGGCCCGAAAUACCUACCGCCACUGACAUCCUCGUUCCACGCUGGUGGAACAACAGGUUCCAGCGUGGCAGCUACAGCAACUACCCCAUAAUCUCCAAUAACCAAGUCGUUAAUGAUAUCAAGGCCACAGUUGGACGCAUAUUCUUCACCGGUGAACACACAAGUGAGAGAUUCAAUGGCUAUGUGCAUGGAGGAUACCUUGCGGGUAUCGACACAAGUAAAGCUUUAUUGGAGGAGAUAAGAAAGAACAAAAGUUUAUUGCUGGAGCCUCUGCUAGCAUUGACGGGGCCAUUAACUUUGACACAGUUGGACACGGUCUCGGGUCGCCAAAAAUGUGAUGUUCCGACGCAAUUAUAUCUUAAGAGCAAGCUUGGCAUUCCGGAAGCAAUCUUAUGACUAAAUGUACAUAACUUCGAAGACGACGAUGAAAAAAUGAGGUUGAAUUGGACAGACACAAUGGGUUUGGAUCCAACAGUUUGAUCGAUCCCUUACCAACAUCAACAAGACAAAAAUAGAAUGAAGGCAAUGAAUCCAUGUUUCAGUGGUGGAUUUGGAGACGAAAUGAGGGAGGGUGGGAAUCACACCACAGAUGCUAAUAGUACUUAAAAUGUUAACAUAUGAAAUUGUAAUCGAUCUCAUCCAUAAAAAUAUGACUUGAGAUUCAUUCUAAUUAACGGUUAGUGCAC